AUUGUAUCCACGCCUUCUCCCCCACCCCCCAUCAAUGCUUCCCUCCAGCGAAACACAAACUGCUAACUGACAAGGAUUUUCCAUGGCAACAGUCUCUCUGUGCAAUGGCUUCACCCUUCUUCUUCUGUUACCUAAUUUCCUGACUGUAUCAUCCGCCACCCAAGAUGACCUUGUAAUCAACACCAGGCAUGGAAAAGUUCAAGGGAAGUUGCUUCCAGUGCUGGGUGGUGAUGUUAGAGCAUUUUUGGGAAUUCCUUAUGGUAAACCCCCUCUGGGGAAACUGAGAUUCAGAGCACCAGAGCCAGUAGAGAGAUGGGAAGGGCUGAGGGAUGCCACCAAAUUCCCAAAUUCCUGCUACCAGUUGCCGGAUACAGCCUUUCCAGGGUUCAAAGGUGCAGAAAUGUGGAACCCAAACACUCCUGUGAGUGAGGACUGUCUGUACCUAAACGUCUGGUCCCCACGUUUCAACAAAACCCAGCCUAUGCCCCCACCACUUGCUCCUGUCCUUGUCUGGAUCUACGGAGGCGGGUUCACUCAAGGAACAUCCUCUCUGGACAUUUAUGAUGGUCGCUUCUUGAGUAAAUCUGAAAGUGUUGUUGUGGUAUCAAUGAAUUACAGACUUGGAGCUUUUGGUUUCCUGUCUAUUCCUGACAGCAAGAACAUCCAGAGCAAUGUAGGCCUGCUGGACCAGCGCUUGGCCCUCCACUGGGUAGCCAACAAUAUAGCUGCAUUUGGAGGUGAUUCUGCAAAGGUGACUCUGUUUGGGGAGAGCGCUGGUUCAGCAUCUGUGGGCUUUCACCUGCUCUCCCCAGGCAGCCAUGGUCUUUUUCAAAGGGCUGUGAUGCAAAGUGGCUCUCCUAAUGCACCCUGGGCCACAAUCAGCCAGACUGAGGCCUGGCGCAGGUCCAUGAAGCUGGUGACGUUACUGGGGUGUCCCACGUCUCCUCCAGCUGAUAUGGAAGCUUGUCUUCAGCACGCUGAUCCUCUGAAAAUCUCUAUGAAGCAAUAUGACGUUUUAAUACAGCCUACAAUCUUAGCCACACCCUUUGUUCCUCAUGUUGAUGGGGACUUCAUACCAGAUAAAGUCGAAGUGUUGCUUAGUACCGGUACCCUCCCAAAGACAGAGGUCCUGUUUGGCCUAAACAGGGAUGAAGGGACCUACUUCCUAGUUUAUGGAAUGCCUGGAUUUAACAUCACCGGUCAAAGCCUCAUCACCAGGAAUGAGUUCCUGAAAGGAGUGGCGAUUUCAAUGGCCCGCGCAAGUGAUGUCACAAGAGAUGCGGCCAUUUUACAGUACACUGACUGGACAGAUGAGAAUAACAGGAUGAAAAAUCGUGACUCGCUGGGAAGUCUAUUUGGAGACCAACAGUUUGUUUGUCCUGUGCUAGAGUUUGCUAACAGGUACUCACAACGUGGUGGUAAGGCUUUCCUUUAUUUAUUUGAACACCGGUCUUCCGUCAAUCCUUGGCCAGAAUGGAUGGGUGUUAUGCACGGCUACGAGAUAGAAUUUGUCUUCGGAAUGCCUCUGAAUGUAUCCCUGGGAUACACGAAGAAUGAAGUAAACAUGACCAAGAAGUUUAUAAAACACUGGGCCAACUUUGCCCGGAAAGGUAAUCCAAGCAUUGAUGGAGCUAACUGGCCCGUGUUCACCCCUGAACAGCAAGCGUAUGUCACUCUGAACUACAACCAUCCAGAACAAAAGAGGAUGAUGAGAGCUGACAAGUGUCACCUCUGGAACAAAUUAAUGCCAAAAAUACAAAAAGUAUCAGAUGAUCUUCAGUCUUGUGUUAAAGCAAAUGGGCUCAUACUCCACUGUAAUUACACCUUCCUCCUCAUUCUAUUGGUUAUAACUUUAACCUAUUGAUAGAGUGAUGAGACCUAUGUUUUAUACAGUCAUAUGCAACAGUUUAAAUAAAAUAUAGUGGUUUGGUCUUUACAGUUAUUUAAAACAUUUUGUGAUUGCCCUACUGAAUUGUAUAUUUAAAGAAAUUGUAUUUUAUUUAUGAAGUGUGUGAUUUAGGUAAACGCUCCUGUUUUUUUGUAACUGUACAAUAACCAGCAUUCACAAUGAUUGCUUCAUAAAGCCACUAUAUGCAUAAUACAUAAUAUUCUCCCCAACUCGACGGAAAUAUAUUUUAGGAUGCUAAAAUUCGAAUGGUCCUAAUGAGGGAAGCAGUACUUUUUCUUUUGCAGUUACUGGUAUUGUACCAUGCACAACAACCAGAUAGUGGCUUAUGUUAUGACAUGCAAAUUUUAAUGAUGAUAACUGUCAUGGUCUGUUCUGAUAAAUGUAUAGCUGCCAUUUAAUUCCAUUUGUUUAUGUUUUUCUUUCAAAAGUGUGCAUAUAAAUGGUGCUUACAUUAAAUACAGACUGAUUGAAAUGUUUGCGUGCACUCGUAUUGGACAAAUCUGAAAUUGGUUUCUGAAUAUAACGCAGGUGACUCAAAACAGUCAGAUUUUGAAGCUUGAAUUACACAAAUUCAUUUUUAAGCUGCAGAAAACACAUUAUUUCCUUGUUGUCAAGUAAAAUCUAUUACCACUUUCAUGUAUAGUAGACUACGUCAUUACAAAGACAAUCAGGGAUGGUCUGGCUUUGUUGUCUAUUGUAUUGCUCAGUAAAGACCAUGUAACGAUCAUUAAAGAUUAGGAUAUAA